CAACGAUGAACUGGUCGCCUUCACUUCGCGUCAUCACCAAACCGAAAGUCGAUUCUAGGAUCCUUGGAGAAAUAUACUACAGUAUAGCAACUGCACGAUGACCGUGAACAUGUCAGAAGAUUCCAAUCUGGUAAAAGUAUUCUAGAAGAUGAAUUCACUGAGAACAUUUUAUUCCGUUUCUGGAGGAGACGAUAUGGCAAUAUAGCGUAUAAUAUGAACUGCUACGCUUGUCUACGAUGAAAACAGAUGUUUAUCGCGUGUACCAGCAUUUCCAGAGAAGUUAUUAAUUCUGAAUGAAGUUGUUCAAAGAUGAUGCGAAAUUCGUUGCGCAAGACAGAUUGCGAUUGCGUAAUUCUCUACGUGAAUCUGUAUCUUCAUCGCAUCACAUAUGUAUGUAUGUAUUCUCUUGUACGUCGAGUGAAUCUGUGUGUUCGUUCGUUAGAUUGCUACGAGUUUCAGGCAUCUUCAACACAGUCAUCGCGAUGAUUGCGCUCGCUCGAAAAUAUCGUAGAAUGGGUGAAUCUCGUUUUAAAAACGAAAUAACCAGAUAGCGAGUUUGGAAAAAAAAUUGAUUAACGCAAUAGCAAAUACUAACGAACUCUCGAGGAUAAUUCAAUUUGUCGUGGAAAUUCUGAAAAAAUGAUAGACCGCCGCGCAGCAUCAUCCAGGGGCAUUGAAACAAUCGAAAUACCAAAUAUUACAUUUUUCUUCUUUUUUAAUAAAUUUAGUAGUUCUAAAGUAGAAGCGCCGAUAGGUUGAUAGCAGGAUCUCGUGGAAUAUUUAGAGCACGAAUUGAAUGCAGCCGUCAUGUAAAUUGCAAAACAAAAGAGAACUUCAUUUCGCCUCGAACAACGACUGAAAAAUCGAGUACGACGUUUAAAACGCCCGAAAUAAUAGAGGGUUGCUUUUUUUUCAUAGACAUCACGAUUCUUUUUUACACUCAGCUGUUGAAUAGAUUUAAAAAAUGAACGUAGUGCUUCAGACACACGGGGCGAAGCAUAUAUACAAAGUACCAGAAGGGCUAAGGGAAUUGUGUACUGAUAUCUCGCGGGAAGUUCUUCGUUCCCAGCCAGCCAAUUUAAUCGCCUUUAUCGCUGAAUACGUGGAUACGCUUCUGAUCACACGCGAAAACACGAAAGUUGCGGUUAAAGUCGUAAACAACAUUUUACUUGAGAGCCAGGCCAUUCUGUGCAUACUUUACCGGACUGGUUUCACUUUGGAGCAGAUCGCAGUCGGCUCCGCGGAUCCAAGUGAAUUUUAUUGUCGCGUGCUGACCGCUUGUCGAUGGCUACGCGAUAUUUCCAGUCCUUUCUUCCUUUUCUUUUUUCCUUCCCUUUCUGCAAUUUUCCUUUUAGUAUCUCGCUCCUUUUUAUUUUUUUUCAUUUCCCAGAAAGCAUUCCGCGAGUAUUUGGACGAGGUUGACACGCAACCAGUACAGGCAUGCGAAGAUCCAACUUGCGACGAAAAAUCUAUGAUAUCGAUACGAGAUAUUCUAGAAGCUACGGGAGCUGUACGAGAAGAUGCAGAGCGUGCUGCCACAGUGAUACAAGCUGCAUUUCGUGGCCAUUACGAGAGAAUGGUGUUGAACGAAGCUGAAGGGAAGAUUCAAUGGCAAAGAGCAGUGGUGAAUACGCUGGAUAUCCUGAAAAAAGCUGGUGCCACGCAAGCGGAAAUUUCUAAAGCCGCAAGACUCGUAAAAGUAAUUUUCCUUUUUUUAACACGAUCACUGUUGAUGUUCGCAGCGGGAAUGGAAGAAGCGCCUCUGAAGAAGGAUGAACGUAUACUCGAACCCGUGGAAGCUGUUCAAGCGGUCGCUUGGAUGGAAAUGAUGUACCAAGAUUCUGGAUUAACAGUGGAAAAGGCCAACGAGGCUGCUGCAAUUAUCCAGAGAGCUUACAAAGAAUAUCGUGCGAGAAGACGAUGCUACGACGUGCAACAAUUGGUGACAACGCAGACAAUGGUCGCUGAAGCUGUCGUCGAUACGGUACAUCGCAAGAUUUUUGAAAAGGUCACCUCACGCCCAGACAUCCCCACUGAAUAUGGCACUCGCGAGGAAAUGAUGGCUACGAGCACGCAACUUCAGGUUACUUUCAAAGAACAUAUGAGGAUGAGCCGUUUAAUAAAAGAAAGUGACUUAAAACCUAGCGAAUACGAGGAGGACGAGGAAGAAUACGAAGAGCAAAAAGACGUGGAGGAAGUUGUGCCUACUGAACCUGCGCCCAAACCUAAAUAUCGUCCGGUAGAACCACGAGUUCUACCAUCGAGAACAGAAUACAGGGAAGAAGCAUUGACAGAAGAAGAAGAAGAAGAAACGGAAGAACUGCAAGCGACAGAAACUGAAAUUACGGAGCCGUUGACCGUAAGUCCGGAUUUACAAACGGAACCUGAAACAGAGCGUUCAGAACUCAUCGACGAAAUCGAGGAAGAUGAAGUGCGUGACACGAAAGAAGAUGUAAUAGAGGAAAAAGAAGAGGAAGAAGAAGAGGAAGCAGAGAAAGAAGAAGAGGAA